UGUCAGUGAUACUGCAUGAAUCUCUGUUUGCUGAGGCACAGGUUUAGGUAGUUUGCAGCUUUGCUGUAGUGAGAAAAGUUUUGAGGUCACAGUGGUGUGACGGUUAAAGAAACAGCUCUUCCUACAGUUGAAAGUUUGUAACCACUAAACCAAACUACUCCACCCAGCAGUGCUUUACAUCUUUAGUGUUGUAUUUCAAUCAGUAUGUUAGCAUUUCUGUCUCUUAUCUUUUAUUUGGCACACAUACAUUCUAAAAACGCUAAAUGCUCAUAACUGACUUUCUUCUUGCAGUAGUCUCAGUCAGUCCCCCUCCAUCCCCUCACCUGGUGGUCGAGCCCUCUAGUGGGCAUGUCAUUCCUGGUGACACACUGUCAUUCCACUGUCAGGCUCCACCUGACCCUCCUCAGGAACAGCCUCCUGAGGCUUUUCUUUUGCUCCGGAGAGCCAAAGGAAACCCCGGCUCCAUGGUUGCUCCAGCACAGCUGGUGUCUCAGUCCCAUGAAGCUCGCUUCAGUGUGAAGACAAUGGGACGGGAGGAUGGUGGGGAGUAUGUCUGCCUCUACCAACUCAAAUCAUCAAAGAUGGGACAAGUGAACUCCACAACCAGUCAGCCGGUACACAUUACUGUCAUAGAGCUCCCAGUCCCCACUCUGUCCUUGUCCCGACACAAGGGUGAAGUUCUGGAGUGUGUUGGGUCACCCUCAUAUCCACAAGGCUUCUUCUAUUUAUUUCGUGUGGGUGUCCUGUCACCUGAGGUGACCCAUCAGGCUUCCCUGACCCAACACAGUGCUAGAUUUCCCAUACCCACCCAUUAUGAACAUGGUGCACAGUAUCAGUGUCAGUACAGCGUGUCACUGGGCAAAUCCAAUGCAUACUCUAGAAUGAGCUCACCAGUAACUAUCCCAUGCAUUACAGGAUAUCAUGAAUGCACACCGACCUCUACAGGCAGCACAGAUCUGGCUCUGAUUGUUGGCUCUGUGUCUGCGGGUGUUCUGUUCUUCAUGGUGGUGGCGAUCUUGGGCUUUGCCGUGCACAGACAUCUCAAAAACAUGUCAGAGAGAAGGAGACAAAGGGAUCAAGAAAAAUUCUGGCAACAUGUUCACUCCAGAGAUCAUAUUGUUGACCUCACUCUGCAGCGUGUUGACAUUAAAUCUGAGGGCAGUGGACAAACACUUAGAGGAAGACCCUCAUUUUCAGAGCCAAUUUACGACUAUCCCAUGGCAACCUUUAAGAAUCCCUCACUUUGCUGAUCUUUCGAUCUACUGUAUCUAUCGAUCUAUGCUACAGUGUAUUUUGUGUUUGGCAUAUUCUGUAUAACUGUAAUGUUUAUUUAAAAGCGAAAACAUUUUGUAUAUUUGUAAAGUAAUGUAUGAGUAAACAAUCUACUGUAGUUUCUGUAGUUCAUGGUAUUUUUUACUGAGAUAUGAAUUUUUCUGUCAGCAGGGGGCUCUGGACAUCCAGAUAUAAUGUGAGAUUGACAUUCCAGCAAAGCAUUGGCAGUUUUGAGUGUUGGACAUUAAAUCUUUGCAAAUCGUUUUAUAGAUUUAAUCACCUAAUGCUGAAAAGUAAAAACUUUCAUUUGCAUUGCUUUUUUUUACUAAUGUCACUUAGUUCAAGUGGUUCUUAAGAAUUUAUUUCAGUUCCCCUUUGCUUAUCAUGAAACUUAAACGGAAAUUAAUUUGACAGUCAUGCCAGAACGACAUUCCAGUAAGAAAAUCAAACAUC